AUGGAAAUGUAUGCCAAUGGAUUAAUGGAGGAAAACGGUGGGACAGCUGUCACAGCAGUGGUAACACCUGCAACCACUGCAGCAACGCUAGAUCUUUCGGCGCAACAGAACAGUUUUAUUUUCGGAGUUACAGAUGAUAAAUCGGAAAGUCCACCGUCACUGAAGGAGGAUAAGAAUACAGGGGGUACUUCCACUGCGAAUAUAGCAGGAAAUGAAAUAAAUUCGGCGCGAUCGCCCAGCCCAUUACUUGAUGUUGGAGUAAUACCAAGUGUUGACAGUUCUCUUUGUCCGUAUUGUGGCAAGCAGUAUAGAAAGCCGCGAGUAUUGGAUUGUCUUCAUUCAAUGUGUGAAGACUGCAUAAUAGCCCAGCUGGAUGGACGGCGAGAGGGUGAAUCAGAGCGUGCAAGAACCGUACUUACAAUGGAUUUCGAACUGGAAAGCACGUGUGAAAUGAGGCCGACGCCACCGGGAGUCAUUAGAUGUCCGACAUGCCAUCAGGAAAGCCAUGUAGGAAAUGAUGUCCGAUUUGUGAAUCAUCUUUUGCUUGAUUUUGUUCGCUUGCAUGAAGUUGAUGGUAGCGUUGGAAAAGGUGCACGUAGCUGUCGUGCAUGUAAGAGUGAACAGCUUGCGAUGGCUGUUUGCAAACAGUGCGCAAGUGACUUAUGCAAGAAUUGUUAUCAAGCACAUCGUGACAUGAAAUUAUUCGAUGGACAUACGGUAUUAACGUACACGGAAUUGGCGCAGAAUCCAUCAGAAUUGCCUCGUGAUCCAGUUAUGUGUGUAUUGCAUCCGCAAAUGCCAUAUUCACUUCUCUGUGCCACUUGUGAAUCACCGAUUUGUGGACAAUGCCAUGCGGAGCAUGCGGACAUCAGACAUCAUAAUUUGGUAAAUAUCGAUGAAACAGUUGCUAAUUUGGUCAGACUUGAACUGAAGGAUAUUGCGAAUGGAGCGGAAGCCAAGUCAAAAACUGUAGAAGCCGCAUGUAAUUCUGUGCCAGCUCGCCAACGCGUUCUUACUGAGCAAUAUGAAGCAAUCAAAGCAGAAAUAGAUGAUACCUUCAGUGAUUAUCACAAGGCAUUGGAUGCAAUGAAGGAACAGUUGUUACAUAAACUGGAUAAAUCACGUGAUGACCAGGAAACCGAUCUGAAUAAUCUAAAUCGACGGGUUAAUGUCACCACUGUAAAAAUUGCUGAUGCUGUCGCUUUUACACAUCGGAUUGUGGAAAAGGGUUCUGCAGUAGAAGUUUUGGUGAGUCGAAAGAAAAUCCGUCAACAACUAACAGCUCUUACACGUAGUAUGCCUGAUAUGAGUAGUACAACGGAACUUACAUUCAGCAAGACUCCAUAUGUCCAGUUUUACAACAAAUUGAGCAGCAUUGUUGGUGAUAUCAACACACGUUUAGUGUCUGAUGUCGGAAAGGCAGAUGUGAUGAUAUCAUCACUAUUAUCUGACUCUAAUUCCGUGAAACAACUUAAUGCAAUACGCGCUUAUCCAUCGGAUAACUCACCAACGCAAACAUCAGCAUCUGGAAGUCUGUGUACAACACCUGCACCUAUUGGACAGUCUCGUGGCCCAGGAGCAAUUGGUAUGGAACGUCGCAAUAAGCCGACCACCACUUCAACAAGCAGCUCAGUUGUAGAUUUUACCGAUGGCUGGCCACCAUCUAGUAUACCGCCGGAGCCUAGCAGCCCUUCUCCAACUGUUGAUUUUCAGGGCAAGAAAAGUUCAUUAGAAAAUAGUGGUAUCUCGUCUUUUUAUAGUUGGCCACCGAGUUCAAAUCCACAAUCAGAAACACGUGUCACUGGACCAUCCGCACUACCUCUUCCACACGCCCCGGUUGCCAAUUUGGCUACCGGAAAACAGUUGCCCAUAACAACAAAUAAUUUUCUGAUGCCACGAGGAGUGAACUCAUGGGUGGCUCAAACCACUGCUUUAACUGGUGCAGCAGCAGCAACACAGUUGGCUAAUACUGCAUUCCCAAUUACAGCAGCUGCUGCUGCUGCUGCACGGCAACGCUUGGAACCAUUACUUGAUCCUGCAACCAUUCGUUUAAUUUCUCAACUGGAUACUGCAUCUUUUGCAUCGUUGCAAUCUGCAUUUGGUCAAACUAUUCCAGCACUCGGUCGUCAAUCGCAACUUGCAUCACCCUUGGAAGCAAUUCGACCCGUUGGAAUGGCUGGCAUUUUGGGUGAACAUCAUUAUGUGCCGCUAGGAAUACCGCCAGCCGUACGUUCAUCUGCAAAAAAUAACGCCAGUGCAUCAGAUUUGUCACUUCGAUGCUCGGUUGGAGGAGUGGGGUCGAACCCCGGGCAGUUUGGCUCACCACAUGGUUUCUGUCUUGGUCAUAAUGAAGAAAUUCUCGUCACAGAUACAAAUAAUCAUCGUAUACAAAUCUUUACGAAGAAAGGUGAAUUCAUAAUGCAUUUUGGAAUUGGUGGUUCAGAAGAUGGUCAUUUAUUUUAUCCAAAGAAGGUCGUAGCAUUCAGAUCUCGAAUAGGUGAAGGAGGUUACAUUAUUGUUGAUAAAGGCGAAAACAAGGCGCGGCUACAGUUAUUCUCAAAACGAGGCGACUUUAUUCGACGUCUCCAAACUCCUUAUCUCGAGUAUGUUUCGGCAUUAACGGUAAACGAAGCAUCACAUCUAGUAGUAUUCAGCAGCUCGGUAAUGAUGUUUAUUCUUGAUAUCGAUCUUUUGGAACCUCUGGUGCUUAAAUGGAAUGACUGUACUAAGGCAAUUGGUGAACCAUCCGAUGUGGCUGUUUUCCGUGAUAGAUACUAUGUCACCGAUUACAAGAAUCAUUGUGUAGUUGCACUGAAUAGCGAUGGUGAGGUGCUCUGUCGUUUCGGAUCCUUUGAGAGUACUCCAUAUCCGAUCGGUGUUGAUGUAUCAACAAAUGGUGAUGUGUUGGUAGCAGAUUCCCAUGGCAAUCAUUUUCAUAUUUACUGUUGCGCAACUGAUGGGCAGCGAUUACAGGAAUUCGAAUGUUCACAGCUGAAGGUUUCACGUUGUGUGGGACUUCGUCUAACGUCAGAAGGUUUUCUGAUCUCAGUAUCGAAGCACAACCAUACAUUACUUAUCUUCAGUACAGUGUUCGUGAACCCCCCAGCCCCUCUUUAA